AGUACGCAGGAUUGCCGCGUCCCGCACGAACGUCAGUAGCCGUAUAGUCUGCGUUUGGGACGAUACGCGGCCGCAAAAAUGUCGCGCGCCGUGCUUUUUUUAAGUGUUUUUGCCAUAUUUUUGGACGUCCUGCAUGCUGGCCAGGCGACGACCGGCGCUGAGCCUCAAGUGGCGGUUCUGUGUGAAGCUGGUGGUACUUAUCAUCCACAGUACAUGUCCGCCGCGGGUCGGUGGACUCCGGAUCUAACUACCAAGCCCCGGAACUGCCUCAAGGAUAAGAUGGAGAUCUUGGACUAUUGCAAGAAGGUGUACCCGAGUCAUGACAUCACUAACAUCGUAGAAGCAUCACAUUACGUGAAAGUCAGCAACUGGUGCAAAAUGGGAACCGGCAGCGCUUCGAAGUGCAAGGUGACAAGAUGGGUGAAACCGUUCCGUUGUCUAGAAGGUCCAUUCCAAUCGGACGCAUUGCUGGUACCCGAGAGCUGUUUAUUUGACCACAUCCACAACCAAAGUCGGUGCUGGCAGUUCGCAAGGUGGAACGCGACUGCUGGCCGAGCGUGCGUGCAACGUGGCCUCCGGCUAAGAACUUUCGCUAUGCUGUUACCUUGUGGAAUCAGCCUCUUCUCUGGCGUUGAGUUCGUAUGCUGUCCGAAACAUUUCAAAGAAAAUGUUAAACUGCACAAACCCAUGGAUGUCGGAGUACCAGUAAGCCCUGGAGGUGAAGAAAUGCUAGCCGCUUCCGCUGCCAUGGAUGAACGGGACGACGACCUUUUUGAUGAUGACGACGCCUUAGAUGAUGAUGACGAUGAUGACACCCUGAACUUGAGCGAUGAUGACGACGACGAUGAUACCGAUGAUGAAAUGGAUGAAGACGAAGACGCAGAACUAUCUCGUGACGAUGACGCCGAAGAUGACGAUUACACUGACAGUGAUGAUAACGCAUGGCCACGACCAGAAUCUUCAGCUGCUCCAUCACCUCCUACUACUUCGACAACUACUACUACCACCACUACGGCUUCGACGGCAACAUCCGACCCCUACUUCUCACAUUUUGAUCCUCGCACAGAGCAUCAGAGCUACAAGGAUGCCCAGCAAAGAUUAGAAGAGACUCACCGUGAAAAGAUCACAAAGGUGAUGAAAGAAUGGUCAGAGUUAGAAGAUCGCUACCAGCAGAUGAUGAAUAGUGACCCGGCCGCGGCACAGACUUUCCGUCAACGCAUGACUGCUAAGUUCCAGGCUAACGUUCAGUCUUUGGAAGAGGAAGGUGUUGCAGAACGUCGUCGGUUAGCCGCUCUUCAUCAGCAACGAGUGUUGGCACAUCUCGCACAGAGGCGACGCACCGCGCUAUCUUGCUAUACGCGAUCCCUUCGGGAUACUCCACCUAAUGCGCAUAGAGUACAGAAGUGCUUGCAGCGCUUGGUGCGAGCGCUAGCAGCUGAACGUAGCGGAGCUCUAGCUGCUUGGCGCCGUGCUGCAGCUGCUGGAAGGGAAGCCGCCGCUGCUGAGCGUGCUAGCGCUGCUGACAGAUUACAGGACGCCGACCGUGCUCUACAGCGUGCUUUGACUGCCCUUCGUCGCCGCCCGCACUUGUAUUCUAGCAUUGGUACUGCUAUUGAAGACUAUGUUCAGUCUAUGCAGUCCAAGGACGAUAUGGCCGUAUCCCUAAUGUCCAUGACACCCGAAGCCGAAGAGUUAUUGCUGGACAGGAUCGAGGCUGAAGUACAACGAGAACAAGCGGCGAGAGAUCAACUGAACGCGAAACGAGACCAGCGCACGCGACAGAGACAGGAUAUCCAGAACGAGAGGACCAAGACCUCAAACGGAGUGCAUGAAAUUGAAGAAUCUGAUGACGAAGCCCGAGAGGUAGAGAGCGAGACAGACGAAGCUACUCCCACUGCUCGUACAGUGACGCCAGCCCCCGCCCCCUCUGUUCCCGCCUCUCCCUCCGCUGAGCUCGUAGAACCAUCUGAACCAAAGGAAAUCACUACGAGAGCCGCUUAUACACAAGACACUACCACUACUGAGGUGAUCACCAGCACGGUGACAGAGGCCCCUGAAAGCGAGACUCCUGAGACCAACGAGCCCAGUGAAACAUCGAGCCGUCGUUCCACUAGUGAGACGGAGGGAUCAGGGUUGCGUGCAGCAUUAGAGCAGGCGGAAGAACGUGCGCCGCCGCCACCAGCGCAUGCGCUCAAACAUGAGUUGCAACAUUCACAACCUGGUUACACGGUCCGCGGCACCGGCGCCAACUCCCCGGGUAGCGGCGCGGGCGCGCUAUACCCCGCGCUGUGCGUGGGCGGUGCAGCGCUCGCGGCCGCCGCCUGCGUCGCGCUCGCAGUGGCGCGCCGCCGCGACCGCGCGCCGCAAGCUCAGGGCUUCGUACAGGUGGAGCAGACUGGCGCGGUAGCCCCCACCCCAGAAGAAAGACACGUGGCCAACAUGCAGAUUAACGGCUACGAGAAUCCCACCUACAAGUACUUCGAAGUCAAGGAGUAAGCCCCACUCCAUUCCCAUCACAAGCGACCCGCCUUCAACCCCUUCCCAACCCUCCAUUUGGUAAGAAUCUCUAGAUGUGACAAUUUUCUAUUCAACACCGUGGCGACACAUUCAUGAAACUUGUAUAAACAAAUAUUUCACACGUCACGGUAAUGAGAUCGAAAUUUUUAAACUGUCGAUGUGUGUUAGUCUCCCCUAGCAUUGGGUGUUUUAAGCCCUUCCCUCUCCUUAAUUAUUUAUGGAAUCGAUGUGUGUGUCUGAGUGUUUAACUAUUUCUUGUGGGGUCUGGCGGGUGUUUAAAUAAUCCUAUGUUUAUUAUAAAGUUAAUUUUUAAAUAAAGCUUGUGUGAUUAGUGAACAUAAUGGAAAAAUAUGUAUACACAUCAAGUCAAGUAUUGUUUAUGAUUAGCAUUGAUAAUUAUGAUUUGAUAUUUUAUUAAAUUAUUGUAUGUUUUGUUUUGCACCAAAAUAUUUAUUAUCGUUUCUUAAGGUUAGAUUAAGUCUAAGUUUUUUGUCUAGUGUCCUAGAAAUUAUAAGUGUCACAUUUGUAGUUUUUUAACGUUAAGUUUUCGAUUACCGCGGCCCGUACGGUGACAUAGGACUCCACUUUGAUACUUAAGUGAUUUCGAGUCGUUUUUGGUGUCUUAAAGUUUUUCGUGUGAUCUCAUUUCUAGACAUUUCUGUCGGUAGGUUAGUUUCCAUUUUGGAGUAAUAUGUCACCGUUAUAGGCAAGUGGAACAAACGUCCAUGGUACGCUGUGUACAUAGGCUCCGCGUACAAAUUUGAAAACUAAAUUACUUAUCUUAAAGCCCGCUUUCAUUUUCUUUUCUAAAGUAGGUAGAUCAUAACGUGAAUUUUAUGUAAUAAAUGCGAAAAUAUAUUUUAAUAAUUAAUGUGUACUUAGCAAAGGGACGGGCGGCUUAGCCGACGCGGGCGAAUAUCUCUUACUAGUCUCUUCUAGUCACUGGCUCUAAUUCUGUAACUUACUUUGUACAUUUUUGUGGAGAUCUCUUUUGGAGUGGGCAAUCUCUAUCACUCUCUAGUAUAUCUUCCUUCUGUUCGCCCGCGGGACAAUAUUCGAGUUCCCGAAGUGAGAGGGACGCGUACUCAAAGUGUGCUUUCCAAAUUGUUUAUGAUUCUUGAUAUAAUUGCAAAAAUCAUAGAAAGUUAUCAUUCAUCUAGUCAAUGCGAUAUUACGGGGAAACAGUCUUUUACAGAACUUGCAUUCCGUAUCAAAAGAAAAAAUAUUUAAUACAUCCAAACAAAGCUUAAUAAAUUCUAAAAUAUAGUGACAUAAGACUCAUAAUUGUACGAGUAUGCUGGUUCUGUCGUAAUAUAUAUUCGGGAGUCAAUCGGUGUUAAGGUUGUGCGCACACGUUGGGUACGUGGUCACCGAGCAUUAAGCUUAGUGAGUGUAUGUACGGUUAAUAUAUAAGUAGAUGUACAAAAAGUAAUACAUUAUAUAGAUGUUUUAGCGUCAGAUACAUAGAUAUAAAGCAAAAUAUAAUUAUAUAUCGCAUUCGUCCGUAUAAAUUAAGGGCUUGCGCUCGUGUCUAAUCCCACGUACCACACUUAAUGUUACGUCGUAGUUAAGAUGUAAUUCUGCCUCAGUAUUAUAUACAUUUAAGCUUAUUUGUUACAUAAGCUAAUUUAUAUACACUAUUUCUAUUUGUUUACGGGCGUUGUGGCGUUGCUACAAAUGAAGUCAUAUCACACGCGCCACGGCGUCAUUUGCGGUUGCUUCGAUAAUGUAUACAAUAAAGUAAAUCAUCAUUUUUUAACAGAAGAUUUACAAGAAGAAGGUAAAAAUAUAGGUCAAUACUAGAACAAACGAAUUACGCCAGCAAAGAUGUUACUUUGCAUAUCGAAAUACAGAUGGCGUUGUCAUGUUUAUCGAGGCAACCUUAAUAUGGCGCCCGCCCGUGGCUUGUAUGGCAUUUACGUAAGAUACUCACUGUUUAUAAAGUAAGUCUAACUCUGCAUCGUAACCGCUGUGUAUUUUUACUAACGUUAUCAAAAACAAGCCGAACACUUAUUUUUUUAACAAAACUUUUUGCUCAAACUCAGCUGUCUCUGACUGUCUUUAUAAUGUUCCAGUUUCAAUAAAAAAAGUAUCUCUACAUUCGUCGUUUGUCAAAUUGAUGUUGUAGUAAUCUGGUUUAUGUACCCCUCCCGAUCACUAUUCACGUAUUUUGAUGAGAACAUACAUAAUAAAUAAAUGGUUUGAUGAUUUUUGUGUUUACCGUGCUGCAUUUUAUUGUGAGUUCGAAGUUCAAAUUGAAUCAAUAAAUAGGAAUU